AUGUCCAGUGGAGAUAAGUCCAAGACCUCUUCCCAGACUGACGGCAAGGCCGCUCAGAGCAAGAAGUCUGAGACAGGAAUGAUGGCCUACAAGAUGUACGUGUUCGACCAGGAGAACUUCCAGGGUCGCAUGAUCGAGAUCAGCAACGAGUGCAUGAAUGUGUGUGAGCUGGGCAUGGACCGCGUUCGUUCCCUGCGUGUUGAGUGUGGACCCUUCGUGGGCUUCGAGCAGAUGAACUUCUGUGGUGAGAUGUACAUCCUGGAGAAGGGCGAGUAUCCUCGCUGGGACUCCUGGAGCAACUGCCAGAAGAACGACUACCUGCUGUCCUUCAGGCCCGUCAAAAUGGACCCCGAGAAGCACAAGAUCUGCCUGUACGAGGUCGGAGAGUUCAAGGGCCGCAAGAUGGAGAUCAUGGACGAUGAUGUUCCUAGCCUGUUCUCUUACGGAUUCACCGACAGAGUUGGCAGCAUCAGUGUCAGCUGCGGAACCUGGGUGGGAUACCAGUUCCCUGGAUACCGUGGCAGCCAGUACCUGCUGGAGAAGGGUGAAUUCAGGCACUUCAACGAGUACGGUGCCCGCCAUCCUCAGUUCCAGUCCGUGAGGCGUAUCCGUGACAUGCAGUGGCACCAACAGGGCUGCUACACCAUGGCCAGCAAGUGA